UCAGUCCAAGAUCUCGAGAACAUACGAUCAUUUUCCAGCAUGGCGAAGUCAUUGUCCGUUCUAGCGCUUGCCUGCUCUUCGCUGUUCUCGGGCUUGGCCCAGGCCCAGAUCUCUCCUGUUGUCGUAAACAGUACGCCGGUAAACGCAAGUGCGCCUAUUCCAGAAGCAUUCGUUAGCUUCUCAAUUGAGUUUGCCUUCUUUCCAGACUAUGCUGGGAACCUUUCACACCCGAACCGCUUCUCGGACAACCUGCUCCAGAACAUCGGAAGCUUGAUGGGAACCAAGCCCCAUAUUCGAGUUGGAGGCAACACUCAAGACUACGCACUAUACAAUGCCAGCCUUAAAGAAGCCAUCAAUGGAACUUACAAUCUCGCGAGAUCUGCAGAUUAUCCCACCACAAUCUACAUCGGACCCUCAUUCUUCGAAUCCUAUCGGACCUGGCCCAAUACCAAAUUCUCUCAUGGUUUCAAUCUAGGGCUUGGAGCUAACAAUACUGCUGGAUGGGAGACACUACUAGAAACUGUACCAUUGGCAUGUAAAGCUCUCAGCGGUGGAAAGCUUCUCGUGUGGGAGUAUGGAAAUGAACCGGAUCUCUUCUCCACUUCCUCUCAAGGACCUGUUCGACCACCUUCUUGGAAUGAGCAAACAUAUGUCUCCCAAUGGCUCAACGGAACCCGCGCAAUCAAGAGUCAACUGGCUAAAGCUUGCCCUGAGAUGACGUCGAACGCGACCUAUGGAUACAUGAGUCCAUCAUUCGCGGGAACUAACAAUCACCUGAAAGCGGCUACAGCCUUUGCGGACAACCUCGAUGCAGAUGAAGACAUCAAGCUUAUCUCCAUUCACAACUACAUCGGCGGCGCCACCCAACCCGGCGUAACGCUCCAAGGAACCCUCAUGAACCACAGCUCCACCGUGCACUCCAUUUCCGCACAUCUAGCCCUGCGCAACAGCCUCGGCUACACCGGCAUCCCCUACAUCCUUGGAGAGACCAACUCCCUGUACAACGAAGGGGCUCCCGGCCUCUCGAACGCCUUUGGUGCUGCUCUCUGGGGCGUAGACUUCAACCUCUGGUGUGCGUCGCAGGGCAUCAAGCGCACACACAUGCACCAAGGCACCGACUACCGCUACGCCGCUUGGCAACCCGUCGCGACCAACAAGACGACCAUCGGCACCAAGCCGCCGUACUACGGCAAUAUCGCCGUCGCCGCCAUGCUGGGCAACCUCGCGCAGCACUCGGUGCAGAUCUCCAACCUGCCGCUGCCUUCUGAGUUCGAGAGCGCCUACGCUGCCUACGAAAACGGGCGCCUGGAACGCAUCGCCGUGCUGAACAUGCGCGAAUACAACUACACCGUCAAUGGGACCUCGAGCAUCCCCAAUCCCGUGCCGCGCCCGAGCCAGACCUAUACCUUCCAGCUUCCCCACGAGUGCGUCGGGGUCGCCAUCAAGAGACUGUACGCGAACGGCAGCGAUGCCGUCUCGGGCAUCACGUGGGAUGGCUGGAGUUACAACUAUGAAUUGGAGCAGGGCAAGGCGGUGCGCUUGCAGAACGUCACUACGGGCGAAACGGCGUCGGUAAAGCGCGGCUCUGUGAGCGUGAGCGUUGAGGACUCAAGCGCCGUUAUCCUGGAAUUGCAGCGAUCUCGAUGA